UGCAUGAAUUAACACCAGCUGGUAGAAUUAAAAAACCAGCAUAUAAUGACUAUAUUUUUGAUUAUGAUUUGUUAAAAGAUAAUGUUGAAAAUGAACCUGUUGGAGAAGAAAUCUUAAUUGACAAAAAUAUGUAUAGCGAUGAUAUAGAAAAUUAUGAAAAUAUAUGGAAUUAA